UCAACUUAGAUCACGUAGAUCAACUUAACAAUCAAAUACUAUUGAAAUAUGUCUGGUCGUGGUAAAGGAGGUAAAGUUAAGGGCAAGGCAAAGUCUCGCUCAAAUCGUGCUGGAUUACAAUUUCCAGUUGGUCGUAUUCAUCGAUUGUUGCGUAAAGGCAAUUAUGCUGAACGCGUUGGUGCCGGCGCUCCCGUCUACUUAGCUGCUGUAAUGGAAUAUUUGGCAGCUGAAGUUCUUGAAUUGGCUGGCAAUGCAGCACGCGAUAAUAAGAAGACAAGAAUCAUACCCCGUCAUUUACAAUUGGCCAUCCGUAAUGACGAAGAAUUAAACAAAUUGUUGUCUGGUGUUACAAUCGCACAAGGUGGUGUAUUACCAAACAUCCAAGCUGUACUUUUGCCUAAGAAAACAGAAAAGAAGGCUUAAACUAUAUCUUACAACACUAUUUCUUUCGAAAUUUUCGAACAACAACCGUCCUUUUCAGGACGAUCAA